AUGUCGUGUUCUAGUGAAGACGGACAAAAGCGACGUAAAUCUACAGGGCGAAGAGUUAGUUUUGCAACAACUGCGUCCGUUCGUGAAUAUUAUAAAGAAGAUGCUGCGAAUGGAUUACCAGCUUCGUCAAACGCGAAUAACGCGAAUAAUAACGUGCCACCUCAAAUUGAAUAUUGUAAAGAAGAUUCACCUAAUAAUGGUGAUGACGAUAAUAUAGAAAUGGAAAUUGACAUGGACAUAGUUCAACCGGAAUAUGAAGAGAGUGAAGAGAUGUCAAUUGUCUCUCCAGACAAAUUAACUGAACGCGAUAGUUUAAAUGAAAAUUUUAAUGUACGUUUCAUGAAAGAAGCUAUUGAAGAGCAGGAUAUGGAUAUGUCGCUUAUAGUGACUGAGAAUUUUAAUGAACGUUUCAUGAAAGAAGCUAUUGAAGAGCAAAGUGCAGAGGAUAUGUCCCUCAUAAUGAGCGAGAAUGAGAAUUUGAAUGUACGCUUCAUGAAAGAAGCUAUUGAAGAGCAAAGUGCUCAAAUACAAAUCUUCGAGACAGAACGAGAUGAUCUCCUAAAAGAGUUGCAAAAUCUUCAGAAUCAGCACACUAAACUACAAAACGAAAAGAUUGAAUUGAAUAAAGGCAUUGCUGAGGCUAAACGUUUAAUUCACGAAAAUAAAUGCUUUACAGAAGAAGAUCGGAUAAGAUAUCGUGAUCAAUAUGAAAACCUUAUCGUAACUAAUUUAUGGCGUCCGGUGACGUUAUCCGACGAAUUCGUACACAUGAUUUAUGAUAAUAUUUUACAAGUGAAAGUCAAUUUGAAAGCUAUUUCUUGUGAGGGAGAAAGUAUCACAUCCAUUAUUGAUGUAUCGUUUAUUAUUCAUGACAAAAUGACUACUAAGGACAAACAAUAUUACCAGAUAAUGCUCUGCGGAAUGCGUGAAUAUAUUAUGAAAAAUGUCAAUUUGCCUAUACAGAUGGCCGGAAUUUCGAAAAUCCUUAAAGACUUUGUGUCAUAUUGGCAAAAAAUUAGAAAACUUUAUCGCGAAAUAUUUAUUCUUAGAUUCAGUUUUCCGAUCGAAUUCAUCACAAGCAAUGAUGACAAUACAAAAUUGUGUUUAAGAGUCCUCUUCUUUCACUACGAAGCUAAAUCUAAUUUUUUUGUGAAUAUCAUUUUUCGACCCAAAGAUGUAUUUUCAUACCCUCUAUUUGAAAAUAUAGAGUGGACAUUGGAACGUGCAUAUGGGAAUAUAAACGAGCAGGCAAUCUUUGACACCAUUAAAACACAAUUUUCUAAAGGUGGAAUUGGAUGUUUAAAGGCAACAUGCACUGAA